GCUGGCCGGAAACUCAAACGAUGUAGAAGAAGCUCGACCCGGAAAAGGAACAGACGACGGUGACAGAUUGCAGUUUUUAAUCUUUGUUUUUAAAUGUUAUUUAGUUGGUUUUUAACGUCCGUAGCCUCUCAUAUUAUCAACAUUUCAGUGGACAGUAAUUGAAGUUUCCGUCCUGUGAGAACGGCUUGCUGAGGCGUCCUCACUCAGCAGCAGGGACAGACACAUUCCCGUCUGAUGUCAUCCCUGCGCAAAAAAAGGAGAGGGAUGCUUCAGAUGAAGGCUGAGCAGAGCAGCAAGGAGAAGCAGCCGCAAGGUCUUCAAAAUAGUCAGGAAGAAGGGGUCAAGAUGAAUAAAAAGCUGCUGGUGGAUGUGGACUGUGGAGUGGACGAUGCUCAGGCCAUCAUGCUGGCCUUGGGUGACCCCAGUGUAGAGAUCCUGGGCAUCACCUGCGUGCACGGAAACACCACAGUGGAGAACGUGUGCAAGAACGUGCUGCGGGUUCUGCAGGCCUGCAGAAAACUGGAGAUUCCAGUGUUUAAAGGUGCCGAUAAGCCUAUCCUUGGGACCAGCAUCAGCGUGGGAAACUUCCACGGUCAGGACGGCCUAGGAGACGCCCCUGACGCCAGCGCUCCUGGUCUGGACCUGCUUCAGAGAGAGAACGCUGUGUCGGCUUUAAUCAGGAUCGUUGAUGAGAAUCCUGGAGAGGUGUCUCUGGUCGCCACGGGACCCCUCACCAACUUGGCUCUGGCUGUGAGGAUGGAUCCAUGUCUGCCAGGAAAACUCAAAGGACUCUACAUCAUGGGAGGAAACACGGAGUCUCGAGGAAACACCUCUGUGUGUGCCGAGUUUAACUUUGCUGCUGAUCCAGAGGCUGCAUUCGUCGUGCUGAAUGAUUACCAGUGUCCCACUCACCUGUCCUGCUGGGAGUUUACCUGCUACAGUCAGCUGCCGUGGGAGUUCUGUGACGCCUGGUUGGGUCAGGACAGCGACAAGGCUCGUUUCAUGACAAAGAUCUUCCACCACAGCAUGGAGGAGGCCAAGAAAGAAAGCUUGCAGGACCUGUGUCUGGGUUGCACGGGCUUCAUAUCCUGUGAUUCGUACGCCAUGGCGGCCGCUGUGGACGAGUCGUUCAUCACAGAAACCGAUCGUUAUCCAGUUAGCGUUGAGCUGACGGGUACUCACACCAGAGGAAUGAUGAUCGUGGACACUUCAGGGUUUCUGAAGAAGACACAUAAAGCUUCUAUUAUGAAAAAGGUGGACUUGGAGAAGUUCAAGAAGAUGAUGAUGGCAGCUUUGAAAUGACCGCUGUAAAUGGAGUGAACCGAGUUCCUGUUCAGUUAAAUGUGGACAGAGUAAAUCCUGAAAAUUUGCACCUGGCUUAAACAUCCAUCAUGAAUGAUCAGAUCUCAUUCAGCUGCAUCACUGAGAGGGUGGUCAACCAAUCAACAAACUGGAAAGGCAUCCACGGGUAUGCUGAUGAGUCGGCCACAUCACGUUUACCUUUAGACACUCGAGUAUUCUGAGUAACAUGGUUUUCAAUCACAUUAUUUUGGAGGUAUUUAGGCUACAAACCUCUUUAUGAGGUGAAGAAUGUAGCUUAGCGGAGAUGAAACGAGAGAAGUAGAAGAAAAUUAAAUGAGUGGCUUCAAAAAGCUCCAUGUCAGCAUAAAAACAGCCAAGAGUUUAACCUGUUAAAACGUGUAACAUCUGACAGCAGUCGGCUGCCCUGCACAUUUGUUGCACAGCAUCACGAGAUUAGUUGUGUGAACAUGCAAGACACACAAAAACAUGUUAGGGUUCAUGUUAUGUGAUGAGGGGGGAGAUAUUUUACAACACAUGAAGCACAGUGGUGCAAUCACCCUAAAUACAGUCAGAAAAAGCAUAAAACUACAGAGAAAACUCAAUUUGUGACUUUUUUUUAUUAUUCACAACCAUCCAUCUUUUUCCACUUAUACAAGACGGGUUGCAGCGGUAACGGGUCAAGGAGGUAAACUCUGACAUCCCUCUAACCAGCAAGGCUUUCCAGUUCAUUUCAGGGCAUCCAAAGUCGUUUCCAGAGCGGAGGAGAUGUGUAGUUUGUCCAGCGAGUUCUGGGUCUGCCUUGGGGCCUCCUCCCAGUAGGAUGUGCCUUUGAGGCAUUCUGAUUGGAUGCUGAAAUCCCUUUGUGAAUCCUCCAAAAUGUGCCCCAAAGAAAACUGUCCUCAAAACAUUUUCAAUAAAUUAAAGGAUGAUUUUGUGACGAAUGCUCACACAAAUGAAUUUGCAUUAGACAGACAAAAGCAGGUGACAGCAGUACCUUUUAUAAUUAUGGAGCUCUGCACACCUUCUCACCAACUGGACUCUGUCGCUACCUCUCCUUAUCGCACUUUAGAGGCAUAAGGUAAGGACUUCAGGUGUAAUUUAACGCCCCGUUGUGUUGCCUGAGGCAUGAAGAUGUUAUGGGCCUGGCUUCAGAGUUUUUUGAAAGCCUGAAGGUUUCAUAGGGCAUCUUGUCUUUUAAGAACUACUUGGUGUGCAUUUUAUAGAUUAAUAUUAAUUGUAAAUUGUUCAUCUCCAGCCCUCCAUGUGCAGCUAAAUGAAACAAAACAAUCCAGGGGUGGGGUGAAUAAAACAUGUUUUCUGUGAUUUCCAACUGUAGAAACUGUCACAGGAAGUUUGACCUUCGUGGUUUAAAGGUCAGAGCGUUACCUUAUUUCAGGCUCGUCUUGGAUUCCUCCGUAUAUCAACAGCGUGCAGCUGAGAUGAAGCAUCUCCCAGGUCCUGUUUGAGGUGCCUUUUUUUUUUAUGACGUUCAUCUGCUUUAGAUAAUUUUACAGGUUUGACAACUCUCUUUAUGCCUUCCAAUGUUGGGCAGACGGAGAGUGAAAAAAUGACCAAAGUCCAAAUCAAAACUCUUCAGAAAACAGUCGUCUAUUGAUUAAGACGACUUUAAAAGAUUAUAAGAAAGCCUGCCUACUUGGAAGAAAAUAAUAAAGAAAUUAAGGGUAGCAUUAUUUUGUUUUUUUCGUAAAUUUAUUUCCAUAAAUAAUUACAUUUAUGGCAUUUUUUUCCAAUUGUCCAACCGCUUUGUGCCUCUAAUGAGAUUUAAACAUUAAUGCUCUGGUUCACCGAGCAGCAUUUUUAAGCUCUAAUUUCUUUGGUCAACAAGGAACAAGCAGAGCAGAGUGCAUCGGGUCUAACUCAUCGAUACCUGUCACUUUAUUGUACUCAUCAGUACUGUCAGAAAGAUCUCCAUGUAUGAAAGCUUGAAUAAAGCUACUCCUCCCUGUCAACACUGAGACGUUUUCAUUUUAAACUGGAAGAAUGACCAGUUGCCCUCUUUAGGCAGGGUGAGAUGUGAUUUAAUGGUUCUUAAGAUCAAAAGGUUUGAAACAACCCUAAUAAGGUAGAUAUUGGAGUAGUUUGAUGUGUUAUGGCCAAAUUUAUUGCUCAUUUAGAAAUACUUGAGGUAUGUCCUUUUCUCCUUUUUGUUUCAUGUUUUAAGGUCUUUAAAGUUGACAGUUUUUGUCAUAUGGUUGAAAUCCAUCGCUGUUUUUUUUUGUUUUUUUUUACUGUCCUUUAUCUUUUAGCAAUAAAUCUCAACCUCUCGUCUUA